AUGGGCAAGAGAAAGCGGUCGGGCAAGGCCAACGGCGGCCAGCAGAACGGCGCCACCAACAAGCGCGCCCGCAUCGUCGACAUGGACGACAGCGAUGCCGAGAACCAGACCAGCGGCAUUCUCCCUGUGAAGUUUGCGCCGGGCGAGAGCCCCGAAGAGAAGGAGGCUCUGCUGGAGAACAAGACCCUGUUCGCGUCGGACCUGUCGCGCGCCGACCACGACCGCGAGCGUCGCCUCUACAAGCUGCUGGGCAGCGCCGACGUCGAGGACCGCAUCCGGGCCGCCGACACGAUUGUGUCUGCGCUGCUGGGGAGCGGCUCUGCGUCCGUGCCGGAGGCGGUGCUGCGGCGGCACCUCGAGCGGCGGCUGCUGCGCGGACUCGCCAGCGGCAGCGAGGCGGCCCGCGUCGGCUUCAGCUAUGUGCUGUCGGAGCUGCUGGGCCAAUUGUUUGGACGCAGGGACGAGGACGAGACCGCCGACGCCGCGAAGACGACCGACUACGCCUCGACGUAUCCCAACCUGACGUUUGACCGCAUUCUCGAUCUGCUGCUCGAAAAGACCAAGCCGGCCGCCAACCUGCCCGGACAGGAAGAGCGUGACCACUACUGGGGCCUGCUGUUUGGCCUGCAGAGCUUUGUGGAGUCGGGCAUCUUGUUCGGCCCCGGCGACAACGGCCGUGUGCGCUACUGGGACACGCUGUUGCAGCACCUGCUGCAGCUCGGCCACAAGAAGGUGUGGCUGCGGUCGCAGGCGUGCUUUGUCGUCGUGCAGGCGAUUGCGCGUGGCCGGCUGCCCGACAAAGCGACGGUCGCUGCGACGCUGCAGACGGUGGCGUCGGAUGCCAGCGGCGACAGCCUGGCCAAGACACCCGAGGGUCUGGGCAUGUGGCUGGCCGCGCUGGCCCGCUUCCCCGAGAUGGCCCUACCGGCACCGUGGACGGCGCCGCUGGCGCCCGGCUCCCACAAGGACGUGGUGGCCGUGCUCAAGAACAGCGGCGGCGACAAUGACGGCAACAGCGAAGCGUCGUCGUCAAAGACCGUUAAGCAGGGCAACGCUUCGGCCCAGCUGCACUUUGUGUGGGAUCUGUUGCUGGAUGCGCUGCUUGUGGAUGGCGCUGCCAAGCGCUUCGACGCCUUCUGGGUUGCCGUCGUGGACCAGGUCUACUUUGCCAAGGGCGCAUCCGACCACCAGAAGCUGACGGGCUUCAAGGUGUUCCAAAAGGCACUGGCGCUGUGCGCGGCUAUGGCCGACAAGCCAGCGGACGCCGACACCGACGCCGUCCACCCCAGUCUGUUCAGCAACAACCUGAUGGCCUGCCUGAUGAACCAGGCGUCCAACCCAACACCACGGUUGCACCGUGCCGCCGUCCAGGUGCUCAGGGUUAUAGAGCGCCAGGUCGAGGAGAACCCGCGUAUUCUGGUGCCCGUCCUCUCCUGUCUUCUUGGCAGCACGCCCCAGUCCCACGGCGUCUACGACUUUGACGAGCGCGUCAAGGGCACCGGAGACGGUACUCGGCCUGUGGAAAAGAUCCUGCGGUUUGCCGACGGUGACAGCAUCGGGGAUGUUGUCCGUCUGCUGCGCACGGGAGCUCUGCACGCACCUGACGCGAACGGCGACCAGAAGCCGCUCCGGAUCUAUGCUGAGUACCUCUUCCGCCUAGUCAGCCGUGCCGGCGCAGACACCACCGCUGCCAGCCAGGCUGGUGAGGUGUCUGUGAGCAGCAUCGCCUUCCAGGCGCUGGCCGAGCUGGCUUAUCCAACGGCCACCGUCACGGGUGGUGCUGCUCCCGAGACGACUGGCAACGAAAAGUCAAAGAAGAAAAAGUCCAAGUCAGCUGCGCCGGCCCCUGCUUCCGACGCCACUGCUCCCUUCCCCAAACUCAACGAAAAGACCCUGGCCGCCUGCCGGAAAUCGUUGGUCUCGGCCGCUGGUGCCCUGCUUAAGCGCCCCGACGACUUUGCCUCGUUCUGCCGCACCGUGCACGCGAUCGAGCCUGAUUCGGUCGGUGUCGCCAUGACGGGCGAGAUUGAGACGCGCGUUCUGGCUGCACGACAGCAGCUGAAGCAACUGCUCGUCUCGUUCGAUGCUGCGCCCACCAAGGCGUCGAAGAAGACCGGCGACGCCGCGGCAGCGUCGCGUGCCCGCCAGGGCCUUGCUGUCCUCUUGUCUGUGUCGCUGCUGCAGCUGUACCACGAGCCGCGGGCCGAUGCCAUCGAGGUGCUUGAUGACAUCCAGGCGUGUGGUGACAAGCUGACGGCUGCGCUGGCCCGAAGUGGCAAGAAGGAGGAGGCUACGCACAAGGUGAAGAGGGGAAAGAAGGCGAAGAAUGUAGAUGUUGCGGAAGGGGACGAUGAGGACGACGAGGACCACGACGAAGACCAUGAGCACGGCGAGCCCGACAUUGGCCAGGUCCUGACGGACGUCCUGCUUUCCCUGCUGGCCGAGUCGUCGCAGCUGACGCGCCAAACGUCGCUUCAGGUCUUUGAGCCGUUCACGCCGUUCAUGUCGGCCGAGGCCCUGGAUAACCUGACGGAUGUGCUGGCGGCGGAGGAGAACACGUCUGGGUACCGCACGCUGUUCAACCAGGAGGAUGAGGAUGAAGAGGAGGACAGUGACGAUGAAGACGGCGCGGAUGACGACAGCGUCGAGAUGAUGGACAUGGAUGCAGACGGCGACGUGACGGCACUGGCCGAGGGCGUGGAUUCGAGCGACGAGGAGGACAGCGACGAUAGUGACGAUGCGUCGUCCGAUUCAGAUGACGAGGUGGUAGAUGCCGACAAGGACAAGCCGAACGGUAAGAAAGCUGGCGGGGACGAUGCCGCCGACGACAGCCUCGAGGCUGCUCUCCGCAAGACAUACGGCGGUAUUCUACUGGAAGACGGUGACGGCAAAGACGGAGACAAGGACGACGGCGACAGCGACAACGAGUCGGACAUGAGCGACGACGCCAUGCUGCGCCUUGACGACCACUUGGCCAACCACCUCGCCAUUAUCCGCAAGAAGACCGACAGCCACAAGAAGGAGCGCGACGAGGCCCGCAAACGUGUCGUCGCGUUCAAGCACCGCGUGCUCGACCUGGUCGAGACGUACGUCAAGAAGGCGUCGUCGUCUCUCGCAGAGACCAACCUGCUCCUGCUCUUCCGCCUGCUCCUGCCGCUGGUCUUGCUGGUCCGUGACACCAAGGAGCCGGCCCUGUCGCAGAAAGCGGCGCGCAUCGUCCAGGAAGUGCCGCGGCAGCUGAAGAAGGGCCGGUCGUCCUUGUCCUCGACGUCGUCCUCGACCGAGGCAGCUGUCGACCUCGACGACGCUGUUGGCAUCAUCGAGGAGCUGCAUGGGGCGGCCAACGACAAGACGGAGAACCGGGCCUUUGCGGCCGCCGUGUCGACGGCCAGUCUGGCGAUUGCAUCCACGCUGUGGGCGACGACGGCGCCUGCGAGCGACGAGCGCACGGCCGCCUACCAGCGCGUCGCGGACGUCUACCGGUCGACACAGGACCGGUGGGUGCUCGACGGCUGGAGCGUGCGGACGUCGCUGUUUACGGACUGGUACAACUGGUGCCAGAAUGCCGCGCGGGGGAGCGGUGCAUAG